AUGUCAAGAAUACGAGAUAUAAUAGCCAGACCGUUUCAAAACCUCACUGCUCUUGAAAAAGUGGUACAAUGGUUACGACUGGGUACAACGUUGCUUAUAAUAUCGUUCGGGUUGGCACUAACAGUUGGGCCCCUUUCUUCGCCUAGGACAUUAUACAUGUCGCGACUGGAUACUUAUUCUGCUGAUAUCACAACGGGCUUAUUUACCGUGUUGAAAGAGUCCAUGGAAAAAUCAACAUCUACAGAGGCAAAUAAUGGCGUGGGCCUAACGACAUCCGAACUAUACAUCCUAACUGCGUACACAGAGAGCCAGAUCAAGAAUGUCCCUCAAUAUAUCACAGUUUCACUUUAUGGGAGAUGUGAUUCUUCGUAUUCUAUGGUGGAAGCGUUUGAUUCACAAGGAAAUAUGUAUAGUGAAAAGAAUUCAUCUACCAAGAGCACUUGCAUUAAAGCAGGAACAAACUAUCUUUUUGACUAUCGUGAAGUUUUACAAAACUUGGGUCUAGAUAUUGUUUUAGAUUACGCCUAUAAUAAAGUGAGCUCGCAACAGGCUGAAACUUCUGCGUAUACGAGCUAUAUGAAGGGAUUAAAAAACAAGAAGGCCAAUGUGCUACAUUUACUUUAUGCUGUCAUUAGUUUCCAAGUGUGUAUGCUAUUUUUUAUGAUAUGGUACUACUAUAUCAAGGGAAGGUUUUUGAACGCGCUGAAAGAAAGGGCACUGGUUCAUCUUAAUUCCUUGCUUUCACUGGUCGUUUUCAUUGGUGGAUUGACAAGUACAAUAAGUCUUGCCUGGAUAAACUAUACCAUCCAAUCUAGAAUCAACUCCGAAUUAGAGGCCUUUGGGUUUUCCUACCAUCUGGGAGUCACAUGGUUUGCUCUCCUGUGGUGCUUCGCAGGUUUAAUUUCCGUAUCAUGCUUAGCAUGGUCUGGCUUAGAAUGGUGUAUUUCCGAUAAUGGCAUGGCCUAUGGAGGUGGAAUAGAUGACAAAUUUUUGGGCUACCAAGCCGGAGUAUUCACCAAUGCGGAUACAGACGAAGAUUUAGCUUACGGUCAACGUAACCCACAACGACAGUCUACUUCAGGUGAAGCUGAACUGAUGAGAAAUAGCGAUACCAUGCCAACGAUAAGCAAGACAGCCAACAGUGGUGUAAACAGGUCGGACGACCUUAACUGCAAUUCAGAUAAUCAAGAAGGCACAGCGGAUAUAGGCGAUAAUGAUGGGAAGAGUCCAUUUGCUAGUAGAGAGGAAUUCGAAUUGCAGGACAUAAGAUUCCGUUCCAGUAGCGAUAGUGAAGAGAGUGUGCAAAGGAUUAUCAAACCUUCAUCUGCAUUACAGUUUUAA